AUGGGACUUUCCAGCCUAGUGAACAAGGUCAAGAACCACUCAAUCUCCGGACUUCCAGCUGCUGAUCCGGCGGUCUCGAGCAAACCUUCCAAGAAGCAGAUCUACCAGGCUAGAUACAACUUUGGAGUCAACUUCGGAGGAGUUUUUGUGGGAGAAAAAUGGAUUUUCCACUCGAUUUUUCCCGAGGGAACUGAUUGUGAAUUGGAUGCCGUGACUAAGGCAGUUAAAGAAGACAAGAAUGCCGCCAAACAAAGAUUGGAGGACCACUGGAACAACUAUGCAACUGAUGAGGACUGGAAAUACCUUCAAGACAACGGUGUUACCGGAAUUAGAGUGCCUUUAGGCUACUGGAACAUCGAUGGAGGAAAGUACACUAAGGGCACAAAAUUUGAGAAGUUUGCCGAUGUAUACAGCAAUUCGUGGGAGAUUUUCAAAAAGAAGUAUAUCGAACCUGCUUCUAGCCAUAAUAUUGGUGUAUUGGUCGAUAUUCAUGGCCUCCCAGGUGGAGCCAAUGGAAACGACCAUAGUGGAGAGAAAAGUGGGGGAAAAGCUGAGUUCUGGGGAUCUUCGUCGAGCCAGAAAUUAAUGGAGUCUGCUUUGGGAUUUGUGGCAAAGGAUUUGGCCCAUUAUGACAACAUCGCCGGUAUCCAGAUUGUGAACGAAUCCGAAUUCUCUGAUCUGGCACUGAAGCAGAAAUCAUACUAUUCGUCAGCCAUCAAGGCAAUCCGCCAGCAGGACAAGAGUGUGCCAAUUGUAAUUUCUGAUGGCUGGUGGCCCGACCAGUUUGCAAAAUGGGUCCAGGAAAACCAGGACCAGGGCGAUUCAUUGGGUGUGGUAAUUGAUCACCAUUGCUACAGAUGUUUCGAUGGGAAGGACAAGGGUAAGAGCGCCGACCAGAUCAUCAACGACUUGGAUCAAGACCUCCUUACCAACAUCAAUGACAACGGCAGCGGUGUGGACUUCAUGGUGGGUGAAUGGUCUUGUGUUUUGGACGGAGAUACUUGGGGCAAAACAGGGCUUGAUCCUAAUGAUUACGGCAACUCCAAGCGGGCAGAAAUCGUGGCCAACUAUGGUCAGAGACAAUUGGACUUGAUGGAGCAGAGGGCUGGUGCUGGUUCGUACUUCUGGACAUACAAGUUCGAGUCUGGGAAUGGAGGAGAGUGGGAUUUCCGUCAAAUGUUGGGCAAAUCAUUCAAUGCACCUAGGGUGAAGGUACCUGACGACGGAACUUUCCAGAAUGCGUUGGAUGGUAAUUUCAAAGCCCACACUGAGUAUUGGGAUGGUCAGAAUUCGAAAGAGAAAUACGAACAUGACAGAUACAAGGACGGCUUCACCACUGCUUGGAAUGAUGGAGUUGAAUUUGCUAAGGCAGGCUCAUUGAUUGGCCGAAGACAAGCUGUCAAGGCCGCCAGAUUGCAGGAGCACAUCAAGAAACUGGGCAAGCUGGGAUUUUUGUGGGAAUGGGAGCAGGGCUACGAUAAAGGUGUGGAAGAGUUUGUCAAGGCUUCACAGUGA